CCCCUGAUCAUGUGACUCCUCCUCCUCCAUGUUACUGAUCACAUGACGGUGACAUCAUCGCAGGUCCUGUAAGCACACGGCUCCUCUACAGAUACAGGUUUCUCCAAUCCAGGAUCCUCUGCUGAUAUCUUCUAUAUAAGAGAAUUCCCCUGGAUGACCCAUCAACCAUGGAGAGAGACAGGAACAAGAUGGCCGACAGGAUCAUAAACCUCACCCUACAGAUACUCUUCCGGCUUACUGGAGAGGAUUACAAAGUAAUGAAGAAGUCCUCUAGUGGGCGCUGUCGGGCCCCUGUGUGUGAAGGAUGGAGAAGAACCCUGAGCCAAAUCCCGGGGCCCCCACCUCACUCCCUGAUACAUGAGGAAAUGGAUGAACAGAAGAUCCGAGAACUCAUCAACAAGAUGAUGGAGCUGCUGACUGGAGAGGUUCCUAUAAGGUGUCAGGACGUGGCGGUCUAUUUCUCCAUGGAGGAGUGGGAGUAUGUAGAAGGACACAAGGAUCAGUACAAGGAUCAGGUCAUGAUGGGGGAUCAGCAGCCCCUCACAUCACCAGUCAGAUUCAGUAAGAGAACAGCAGCAGAGAGGUGUCCCCGUCCUCUUCUUCCACAGGAUCAGGAUCAGGGAGAAGAUCUGAACAAUAUUAAUGCUCCAGAGACACAUGUGAGCGGUGAUGAGCAGUAUAAGGAGGACAUUCCGACAGGAAAAGAUCUGAACAAUAUUAAUGCUAGAGAUAUGAAGGAAGAAGAAGAGACAGAUGUGAGCAGUGAUGAGCAGUAUAAGGAGGACGUUCCUACAGGUAACCGCCCAGGUGAUGCACAAUAUCAGCGGCAUCUGAACAAUUGAGCCUUGGGACAUAUUCAUAUAUAUGAGGAAAUACAAUUUCUUUUUCCCUUACAGGACUGUCAUAGCGCAGAUGUAGCCAUAUACUUUGUACAUGAUUCUGUCGUUUGGGUCCAUGGGCUAAUUGUAUCAUAUUAUUUUGCAACUGCUGGAGGCUGCCUUUAAAUUGCCUCCGAUUCUUGUGAUUCGCUGUGGUUAUAAUCGUGUCCACAGCAUCAUAUAGUUGUCUUGAUUUAAACAGCCCCACUUACUUGACUUUAGUGGGCUCCAUUUCUAUGUGAAGUUACGAUUGUCUUUUGCAUAUACCUCCCUGAUGACACCACCAAGGCCGGUGGUAGAAACGCGUUGGCGGUAUAUUUAGAGUUUCUGACACUGUUUUUUUUAACAGUUUAUGCGCGGGACUUUGUGUGGCUGGGCGCAGCCGCACUUAGCCAGUGCAUUCUUUCUUUUUU